AUGUGCAAAGGCGUGGAAGGGAAAAAGCUUGGUGGUUCAUGCAGAAGCUUACCACCUGAAGGGAAUUCUUCAUUUGCUGCAACAAGAGGUUGUUCAACAUCUUGUGAGCUGUGUGGUUUGCAAGCUUCAUUGUAUUGUCAGGCAGAUGAUGCAUAUUUGUGCAGAAAAUGUGACGAAUGGGUUCACAGGGCCAAUUUUUUGGCCCUUAGACAUGUGAGGAGCUUUUUGUGCAAAACAUGUCAGAACCUUACACACAGAUAUCUGAUCGGAAUCUCAUCAGAGAUCCUUCUUCCA